ACAAACCUUACUCUGCAGAAACCUAAGAGCCCGACUCCCAUUGCUUUGAUUUUUCCGGUAACGUCACGGAACCUACUCCCUGACGGCCUGACCCUUACGAAGCCGUCGGCCCACCGCCGUUAGCGUUGGCAACGCUGCCGCGGUAGCCAAGCCCCUUCCUGUUCGCGUCGACCUCGCACAAGCGACCUCCGCUCAAGCCCGCCUGCGUCGGAAGCCCUCCGCUUCCUGUUGUUUGCGUUGCGCUCGCCGCACUCCACACUCAGAGACCGUGUCAUAAAGUGCCUGCGUGCAUAUCAGAAGCACAAGAGUCUACGAACUCAAAACCUCGCCAAAAACCUUCAACACAGAGCGGCAGAGAGAGGUUAUGGACUUGGACGACUUAGAAGAGCUGGCCAAGGCCCCUGCUCGAGUCUCCAAGUUCGCGCCAAAAUCAUCUAAGCUCAAACCCAAACCGAAAUCGGAACCUGCACCCAAACCAGAACCCCAACCCCAACCCUCCAUCUGCAAACCAGAGCCACAAGAGUUCGUUACAACUGUCAAAAAGAAUGAAGAUGGUGUGGAAACCGUGGCAUCAACUCAAAUUAAGCUUGAACCCAACAACACUGUCAAAAUGGACAUUGAACCUAAAUCUGAGACUCAAGACGAACCAGAACAAGAAGAUCCCAUGGAUGUAGAUAGUGCUGAAGACACAGUUGUGCGUGAAAUUGAUGUCUUCUUCUCACCUUCUAUUGAUGCCGAGACUCAGUUAUACGUUUUGCAGUAUCCAUUAAGACCUUCUUGGCGACCGUAUGAAUUAGAUGAUGAGCAAGGCACAGAGGUAAGGUUGAAGCCUAGUAGUUCUGAAGUGGAAAUUGAUUUACCUAUCGAUCUUGAUUCACCUAAUAUUGACAAAGAGUUUGCCAACAAAUACAACUACACGAAGCAGACUUUAUCAACAAAGUGGAAGCCAUCUCCUGCCAAUGGGUGUGCUGUUGGGCUUCUUAUGGGUGAUAAGUUAUACCUGCAUCCAAUUCAUGCAGUAGUGCAACUCCGACCGUCAUUACAACAUCUUAAUUCUGGUGUUUCAAAAAGGAAGAACAUUAUCUCUGCUGAAGCAAAUGCUACCGUGGGCUCAAAUGAAGAAAAGUCUAUUGCUACUUCAAAGAAGCAGAAUAAGCAGACAGAAACUUCUAUUGAGCAAAAGGGUGACAGUGAUGAGCGCUGGGUUCCUCUAAAGUACCACACCUCUAAUAGUGAUAUCUCCUCUAGAUAUCUGCAGCAAAUGGUGGUACAAGAAAGUUCUCCCAUAAACUUUACAAUGAGAGCGGAUGAUUAUGUUGAUGCACUGUGUCCUGGAGUGAGCAGCAACAAUUUACCAAAGGGUCCUUCUAAAAGGGAUCUUCUAUCAUUGCCUAUUGAAGAACGGCUUAAGAAAAUGCUUGAGAGUCGUCCACUUCAUCGUUUCAGUGCUAUUAAGCACUUUGCUCCUGAAUACUCUGAGGAGGAACUUCUAAGAUUCCUGCAGCAGCAUGCAGUAUUGAUUUGGGGACUAUGGACUGCAAAAAGUUCAUUGCUCUAUCCUCACGGUGGUGUGGAAACUUUUUCCAGAGAUUAUGCCCUACUAUUGUUUAGCAAGAAUUUGAAAGUUCAGUCUUCUGAUGUGAAUGUUCGAGGUGAAGUUGGUACUCAUGUGAAGAACUUCCUAAAGAUAUUUGGCUUGGAAAGAUAUGAUCUUAGUAAAUCUACUGGACAAUCAGUUCCUCACUGGAAGUUCAGAGAGCUUCCUGAUGAGUCAUUCAAAAAGCAGUAUCCAAAUAUUGUUGAAAAACAGGAAGAACUUUUCAAAGGUUUGGAACAGUUAUCUGGUUAUGCUUCUAAUGCAGGGAAACGUAAAAUUGGAAAAAAUGCUGUAGCAAACCAAGGUGUGAACAAUGAGCUUAUUAAAUCAGAAAGUUCUGAUCAACGGAUAUCAAGUCUGGGUCGAGUGCCUCCUGGGAGAAUGACCAUGUCAAAUGAGACCCGACAUGCUCUGCCAAUUGCUCUCAAGAAACUUUUUCAGACUCACAAAGUUUGCAGCUUCCAAAUGAUAUGCCAAGGAUUGCGUGAAAUGGCAGUUUCCAAAACUAUGCUUUCGAAGGGAGAUUCUAAAAUUGCUGUGGAUGCAGCUCAUAGUCUUGAUGGUCCAGAUAACGAGUUGAAGGCUGUCAUCAGUGAAGUUGCAUGUGAUAUCCAUGGUUAUUAUGUGUUGAAAUCAUCACAAGAUGAACCAUUCAGAGAUGUUGUAAUUGAUUUGUUUCGUGGAAUGGGGUCCCAGGCCAAGCUGAAGAAGGCCGAGAUACUUGAAGCUGCAAGGAGAAAACUCAGUAGGGAGGUUACUAACAGUGAAUAUAUCAAGGUGAUGAGUGAGUUAUGUGUCUCAAAAGGUUCUGUUUGGGUGUUGAGAAGCGGAGAUGGAAGUUUGCAAUGAUCCAAGGUCCCGCUGAUUGAUCUGAGCAAAAAUAUUAUAGGGUUUUAUUCAUAGUUUUUCUUUGACGGGAAGUGAAGGGAGCUCAUACCACUGCUUUAGUCUUUAGGUUAUUAAUUGGUAAUAGUCAUCAUUCUCGAACAUGCUAAUCUUUUCCUACUUUUUAGCUUCUAAUAAGAAAAUAAAAUAGAAUAGAGAAAAUCUUCAUUAUUUGAAUAGAAAGAAAAGGAUAAAAGAGUGACAUGAAAGAAAAUAGAAAUCGCAAGAGAUUGCACCGUCCGCUAGUAGUGUUUCGCUAAAUUGAUGGAAUUUAUGCUGGCUUUUGCUUUCACUUGAGAUUACGUGGGGGUUAUUGGUAAUUCGAACAAAUGAGAUUGUUUUUCAUAUUUUAACGAGUUUAACGGGUAUGUUACGUA